AAGGCCCCACCUUGCCCCUCCCCAUUCUCGCCUCACCCUCUGCAAAUCUGACAGGCACGGGACAGGAGUAGGCACCAAGACCUUUGCUGCUUUGCCUUGCAGCCUCCCCAGGUCCCUUGUGGGCCCCUCACCCUUCUAGCUCGCAGCUGGCCCCCUGUAGGUACAGAAGGAUGACAGACUGCUACCGCCCCCCAGGGAACGAGACGCUGCUGAGCUCUCCGGCCUCACGGGCCACAGGCACGGCCUUCCUGCUGCUGGCGGCGCUGCUGGGGCUGCCCGGCAAUGGUUUCGUGGUGUGGAGCUUGGCGGGCUGGCGGCCGGCGCGGGGGCGGCCGCUGGCGGCCACUCUCGUGCUGCACCUGGCGCUGGCCGACGGCGCCGUGCUGCUGCUCACGCCGGUCUUUGUGGCCUUCCUGGUGAGGCAGGCGUGGCCGCUGGGCCAGCUGGGCUGCAAGGCCGUGUACUACGUGUGCGCGCUCAGCAUGUACGCCAGCGUCCUGUUCACCAGCCUGCUCAGCCUGCAGCGCUGCCUCGCCGUCACCCGCCCUUUCCUGGCGCCCCGGCUGCGCAGCCCGGUCCUGGCCCGCCGCCUGCUGCUGGCCGUCUGGCUGGCCGCCCUGUUGCUCGCCGUCCCGGCCGCCGUCUACCGCCACCUCUGGGGGGACAGCCUGUGCCAGCUGUGCCACCCGUCGCGGGCCCACGCCGCCGUCCACCUGAGCCUGGAGACUCUGACCGCUUUCGUGCUGCCCUUCGGGCUGGUGCUCGGCUGCUACAGCGUGACGCUGGCGCGGCUGCGGGGCGCCCGCUGGGGCUCCGGCCGGCACGGCACGCGCGUGGGCCGGCUGGUGAGCGCCAUCGUGCUGGCCUUCGGCUUGCUCUGGGCCCCCUACCACAUGGUCAACAUUGUGCAGGCGAUGGCCGCGAUGGCGCCACCCGAAGGGGCCCUGGCGAAGCAGGGCGGCGCGAGCCAGGCAGCGCGAGCCGGCACCACGGCGCUGGCCUUCUUCAGCUCCAGCGUCAACCCAGUGCUCUACCUCUUCACCGCGGGGGAUCUGCUGCCCCGCGCGGGCCCCCGCUUCCUCACGCGGCUGUUCGAGGGCUCUGGGGAGGCCCGAGGAGGCGGCCGCUCCAGGGAGGGGACCAUGGAGCUCCGAACUACCCCUCGGCUCAGAGUGGUGGGGCUGGGCCUGGGCAACGGAGACCCCGGGGGCGGGGCGGCCAAGGACAGUCAGGAAUGGGGCCCUUGACACCACAUCCUGCUCUUCCCUGUCCCCUUCCAUCACCCCUCAGAACUCAGAGAGCACUCGGGAGCGUUUGGGAAGCCUCUGACCAGUUUGGAACUGUGGGGGCAGAAUUAUGCACCUGGGGCAGGCCCAGGCUCCUCCAAACUGAGGGAUUGCCAGGGGUGAUGGUUCAUGCUAAUGAAUAUUGUGCACUUGCAGGUUGGCAUGUGCCCAUGUGCCAGAGCUGCUAAUUUGUUGCCAAUAGUCAUUGUGAAAGACCCGUGCAGCCGUUGCACCAUGGCUUAAGUGUGCUCUCCCGAGGGUCAGCAUGCCUGAGGUGUACCGAAGCCACCUGGUUUCCCUGCGGGGUCAGGACGGCUGGGCAGCGGCAGCCUUCAGUGGCACCUUGACCCGUCCUCCCCAGCUCGGGUGGCCUACUUCCCUCAGGCCAUACAACCACUCUGUAAAUCAAGGGAGAAAGAGGAAAGAAAGGUAUGGGUGCUUGGGUGUGGGCUGCGGAUGGGAUCCGUUUUCUGGGGUCUAUAAGAGCCAAGAAGGGGGUGGGGGUGGGGAGACUGGCCCUGGCAGGUGAAAGUCAAUCUGUGGGAUUGAAAGGGGAGUUUUCCUGUCUGCCUUGUGGUUGGUGCAGCGGGGGAGGGGCCCUGGGAGUCUGAGACUUAGCUUCCUCUUUGAAUCCACCUCUCCCCCCCAAGGUCACCUGACUCAAAAGGAGCCCAGGAGCAGGCACUCACUUAGCCAGAGGACGUUUGGGGCUUGGAGAUGAGGGAGUAUGAGGAAGAGUGUGGGUGUCUGGAGGACAGGAAGAAUUUUUCAGGGAGGUACCACCUCUCCUUUCUCUUUUUUCUCUCUGCCAAAUCUUGACUCCUCCUGACGGCUAGCUGGUCCUCAUCUGUCCUCCCCGAUAUUUCCCAGACCCCGUCUUUUGGAAUUUCUUUACCUCUAGGCCUCAAAACUGUUCUGGAUCCUGA